AUUCAAAGUUUACUUCAUCAGUUGCUCUCUGGCGGAAAGUUGAAAAUAUUUUGCUGUUCGUCACUUUUAAUUUCUUCAAGUGAAGACUAGAAAUCGAAGUGCCGGCUAUGUACGGAAGCGUGAAUGUUAGCAUCAAAGACCUCGUCACUGAGAAAUGGGGCAAUGAGACGUGGGAGAAAAUCAGGAUAAAAGCUGGUGUUGAUGAUCGUUUUGUCAAGUUUGAUAUGUAUCCUGACUCGAUCACAUAUCAGAUCGUCGGAGCUGCAUCCGAGGUUUUAGGUGUUGAUGGAAACGUUGUACUGGAGACCUUUGGAGUUUACUGGGUGGUUUGGUGCAUGCGAUGUGGUUACGACGCCCUCUUUCGGGCACUCGGGGCAACGCUGUCUGAUUUCAUGGCGAACUUGGAUUUCUUACACAGUGUCUACAUGAAGACCCUUUAUCCAAAGAUGACAGUUCCAUCAUUCAGAGUAGAAGAAUUAGAGAACGACGAAAUGAUUCUUCAUUAUUACUCAAACCGUAGAGGUCUUGGCAGCAUUGUUUAUGGAUGCGUGAAAGCGGUUGGAAGAAUCAUCUUUAACACGGAAGUGGAGAUUGAACUUCUGUCACAUGACCAGGCAGAGUAUUGCGGGAUACUAAAAGAUCACUACAAGUAUCACGUGUGUUUCGUCAAGUUCGAUCUAGCUCCGUUAGGUACUGAUGGAAUCGUUACGGAAGAGGAAUGGACAUCCAUUGUUGAUGGAACAUCACAUCUUAUUGGUGGCGGUGGGUCUCGUCCACAUAGCCAUGAUUCGAUGAAGAAGGACUUCGUACGUGUUGGAUCGGCCAAACGAUGUCCUUUCUCAGGAAUGGAUAUCGGAAUGUUAGAUAACAACAUAACAGAGGGAAAGGUGUCCAGGGAUAAAAGCCUCCCGGAGAUUUCCGAAAAACGCAUCCUGCCGAUCAGUCAUUUCAAACCGAAAGUCCCAGCAAGGAUUCUUCUAGAUCCCGAGACAUUCUGCAAGACCUUCCCUUACCACAUCCUCUUCAACGGUGACCUGAUGAUCAUGCAUUCUGGAUCGAAGCUACAACAGUUCUGCCCGUUGAUCAACGAUGAGGGCGCUAGACUGAGGGAUAUCUUGAUUCUUGAUCAUCCACAAAUCGAGUUGACGUCUGAGAAUAUAUUUCUGUUUCUGAACAUGAUCUUCAUGGCAACGCUGAAUAAAGAAGCCAUGGCACCACACAUGCCGGUUGUUUCUCUGAGAGGUCAGAUGGUGUGGAUGCCAGAAUCCAAUCUCUUCGUAUUUCUCUGCUCUCCUCAACUCACAUCUCUUAAUGACCUCCGUGACAGGAAAAUGCACUUUUCAGACAUCGCAUCACAUGAUCUCACACGUGACCUGAUACUUUUUAAUCAACAGAGAAUCGCAGAGGUUGAGUUAGCAAAGCAGCUCGAACAGAAGAAAGAGGAACUGCGCAUACUCAUGAGAGAUCUCGAACUGGAAAAGAAGAAAACCGAUACACUUCUGUACUCCAUGCUGCCGAAAGAGGUCGCUAAUGAUCUGAGAGAUGGCAAGAAAGUUGAGGCAGGUGAUUUUCAGCAAGUGACGAUUUCCUUCAGUGAUAUUGUCAAAUUUACAGAUAUGUGCUCCCAGUGUGACCCUAUACAGAUCGUUCACCUUCUCAAUGAGAUGUACGUUGUGUUUGAUGAACUAACAAGUGUGCACAAUGUCUACAAGGUUGAAACGAUCGGGGAUGCGUACAUGACGGCAGGAGGAUUACCUAUUCCUAAUGAUACCCAUGCUGAACAGGUCACGUGUUUUGGUCUUGGUCAGAUUGAAGGAGUCAAGAGCAUCUCCUCGCCCGUCACAGGCGAGAAAAUACAGAUUCGAGUUGGUAUUCACACCGGUCCUGUAGUAGCUGGAGUUGUUGGUGUAAAGAUGCCUCGAUACUGUUUGUUUGGUGAUACUGUCAACACGGCAUCGAGAAUGGAAAGCCAUGGGGUGCCAGGAAAAGUUCAUAUCAGCCCUUCUACAUACAGAGCAAUUAAGGGGAAAGGAUUUGAAACAGAGGCGAGAGGUGGAACGGAAAUCAAAGGCAAGGGCAGAAUGAUGACACACUUUGUGACGUCACGAACUAACCAGGUCAAUGAUGACUCUUCGGCGUCAGAGGAAGAGGCCGAUGACCAGGCUAGUUCUGAUGACAAAGACGUGCAGGCUCCCGUGAUUAUCAACGAACCGAUCCCGACAACGAAUAUCGAUGGGAAAAACACAACCACAUCAGAUGUUACUGCGCCCUCUGGUGUCAAGAACGAGCCAUCAAAGACACAGUCCUCAUCAUCUUAUGAUCAUGAUGGAAGGAAUACAUCUUCGACAUUAUGCAUUGUGCUUUAAACUCUUACUUCAUGCGACUCUAAGUUGGACACAGUGAACUUCAUUAAAGCAUUGAAUACGACAAGUUAUAUAAAACAUCUUUUACUAAAAAUAGGGUAUGUUUGUCUAAUAUAUAAAAAUAUAUACAAGACUUAGAAAAAUUUUAUUUUCUAAAAGUUUCUCAAUUAAAUAUCAAGAGAACGUUUGCGCCUAUUGAAUGUUAUACUUUGAUUAGUGUUAAAGUUGUCAUUGAUAUACACCUUAUUUUUAAUUACAUAUUUUGUGCAUUUGUUUUAUAGAUUUUUUUUUCUCAUAUGAAAAUCAAAGUUAUUUACUUAUUUAUUUUACAUUGGGGAUGGGGAGAGGUGUACUACAUCAAGCUUUUUGUUUUAGUUGCCCCAUCCCAUUUCUUUGAAUGUUAAAAAUGUAUUUGCUGUAUAUGCAUAUCUUUGUGCAGUUAUACAUGAAAACAUCCACUGUAUUAAUGAUGUAAAUAUAAACAAUAUAAAGUGGAAACAUAGAUAUCGGUCGCACCAUGAAUAAUGUCGAUAUUUUGUAAAUGCAUAAUAUGUAGCUUGAAUCGUGAUCUUUAUAAGGAAAUUUGUGUUUCAAGCGUAUUCCACCACAAAUUUUACUUUUAUGUUAUCACGCUCUUUUGUUGGUUAUGAAAUAUAUUAUGUUAGUAUACUUUUAUGAAUGAUGGAAAAUGAUUUUGUAUAAUCAUAUUUUGUGAAAAUAGAAGAAAAAAAAUUCCUUUGAAUGAGAAAAAUGGAGAAAUUAGUGUGAGUCAAUCAAUCACAUAAGAUAAGUUUAUAUAUGUAAAUAAAUAAUUGUUAUAAAACGAUUUAUUUCCCACGGAUCUUUAUAUUUUCAUCAUCAAUUUACCCUCACGCUCUGUCUAUAUCUCUCGCUCAUUCCCUUUUUUUUCAUCUAUUUUCUUCAUUCACUCUUCUAGCGAUUACCAAUUAAUUCCUAUUCUCUUUGUCUGAUCCAUUCUCAAAAUUCAUCUCAACAACCGAUUGGAAUCAUGGCCGUGUACGCAGAGGCUUGAGGAGAGGGUAAUUGCUUCCCCUAGAUAUUUUGAAAACUUUUUGCUUUGGCUGAAAAUCUUUACAAAAUUCACCAAAAAUGUUCACAAAAUCAUUCGAUUUUUCUUUAGGAAACCCUUAAACACCCUCUUGACCAAUCACUUAAACCCCAACUCCUUGUAUCCUGUCCAGCUUGAUAAUGUGUGAAUAGAAAGGGCAUGCAGUUAUUGAUCCAUGUUUGAAAUCUUGACAAUGAAAUAUGAAUAAACCUUAGGCUGUUUUUUUAUUAUACAGAAUUAUUUUGUAAAUUAUGUCGCCAUUGUUCUAACACUUACGAGUUCUAUGUUUUUGUACGUGACAGGUAUUUUAUAAUUUCUUACAAGAAAUGUAUGAAUAAAAAUAUUUUGGUGUUCUUUCAGUACAGAAGUACUUACAUUUAAUGAUGAAUGUGUGAUUGCGAUGGUCAGGUGGAUAAUACGGAAGCAUGGCAGUUUGCCCUACCUCCCAGUUAUCAGAUAUAAUUAAAAUAAUUAUAUGAAGAGCUCAUUUGCAAAAGGGGUUAGAUCCAUUUCUAAUCAAAUUUGAUUUUGUUGUCCCAAGACCCAAUGUAUGGAUGUUUAGUAGUUAUGAUGAAAAAUGAAAUUCCCAUUAAAAGUGAAAAAAUGGCAAAGAAAAAUCACUUUAGUAAAAAAAAGGGCUAGAUCAAUUUUAAUUUGUUUGGAAAUGGGGCUAGAUCCACAAAGGUAAUUUUUGAAAAAAAAUAUAAAGAAAUAUACAGACAAGCAUCGUAAUGAGCAAUGUUGAGGAAUCAUUGUUGUUAGAUAAUUAUAGGAGACUGGAAAAUUACUUUAACAAUCGCUAAGAGUUUCGACAUAUAGUGUACAAUUUGGUAUUACCACCAAUGGCGGCGGAAGCCCAAAAAAUUAGGGGGGACCAGCAAAAAAAUUUGACAAGCUAAAAAAAAAAGGUUAUCAACCAAAAUUUUAGGGGGGGGGGACCAACAAAUUUUUUUGACAAGCAAAAAAAAAGAAAAAAAAAAGGUUAUCAACUAAAAUUUUAGGGGGAAUCGUCCCCCCACCUCAAGUUUAGGAGGGACAGGUCCCCCCUCCCGUCCCUCCCCCGCUUCCGCCGCCUAUGAUUACCACCGAUGCGACUAAUGUUGAUUUACACUGAAAGUGAUACUCUUUCUUUGAACCAGAAAUUUCUCUAAUUUGAUUUGAGAUUUUUUCGGAGGUAAAUUGCUUGUUUGUAGACACCAUACCAUGUACGGUACCGCAGAAGCCAUCUUCAUCCUGAAGCCAAGUCAGAAAUACCGUCCAGUACGUGGGACAGAAUGUCCCGAGAAAGUACCUUUCCGUCGAGUAUUUACACCAACCAAACAGUGAGUUUAUAUCAUAAAAUGUUCAUGAUUUGUAACUCUGAAGUACUAUUGUGUAUUAUAAAGUAAAUCCUGAUUAU